AUGUCCGUGCUUGUCUCGCCAUGGAACCAGGAUCCUUUUCCGAUACCCCUUGUCCGGUCCAGGGCGACUGCCUUCGAGCUGGAGCGGACGCAGGUGGAGCAGCUUGAGGACCAGUUGCGAGCCAAGAACGGCGUUGGAAAGAAGCCUGGGAGUGGUGGAGGCCCAUUUGGUGGCUUGGCUGGUGCUGUUGGGGGGAUGCUGUUGGGCAGCAGCGGCAGCGGUUCCAAGCAUACUGGUGACGGCCGCGUUGGUGCUGGAGAGAGACCGAAGGACGGCAUGAUGAAAGAUGCGCUGGGUUCAAUGGGCCCUGCUGGCGGGGUGGCCGCCGGUGCAUUGAACGCUUUCGGACCUCUGAUGGGAAAGUCCGGCCAAAAAGAUGAAGGGGCCGAGAUCAAAGACGAGCGUUCUGAAUCAGCUACCGAGAAAGCGGAGGCAGACGCACAGAUGACAGGAGAAGGAGAGGAUGUGGCUCCUGUCUCGGAGGUGGCUGAGCAGAAGGAGGUGGAUGCAGCUGAGGACCAGGAAGGGGAAGGCCCACCAACUGGUGACCUUGAAGAGAAGAUGGGCAAGGCUCCCGACAUUAGCACCGCUGAUCUCUACAAGUACUACACGAACCGCUUGGCGCGCCGUGCCAGACAGGCAGCUAUCAUAGCAGACCAAGCCGUUCAGGAGGCCUGGAAGCAGCAGCAGUUGGCGCGAUACUGGAACCGACAGGCAUUGGAAGCUGAGGCUGCUGCGAAACAAGCUCUGCCCGCCAAGGUGAGUGACGAACGAUCCACGUGGCAGCUCAAAGUGCCCCCGGGAUGGGAAAUGCCAGCGAGCCCACUGGUGUCAGAUCAAGACCCUCGCACAGUCACCAUAUACUCGGGUGCGAUGUCGCCAGGGCUGCUGCUGGUUGGGCCUGCGGCGAUCUGCCAGACUCGCUUGAUGUGUUCAUUGCGAUGCUCGCUGAGAAAGCGAUCGGCUGCGACUUUCCUCCCGACAGUUGCCUAG